GAUAUACCUAAUUAAGAAAUAUUUAUUCAAUUUUUAGAUGAAGUUUUCCAUUAUUUUCCAACUUCUCUUAUCCUCUUUGUUGUUCUUUCAUAACUGCCAUCAAUGCCAAGCUACCAAACGGUAUCGUUUUGAGCUAAGGGAAGCCAAAUACAGAAGAUUGUGCAGGUCGAAGAAGAUUUUAACGGUAAAUGGGAAAUUUCCAGGACCAACAAUAAGUGCUCAUAGAGGUGACACAGUCAUCGUGGAUGUUAUUAACAAUGGCAACUACAAUGUCACCAUUCAUUGGCAUGGAGCACCAAUGAAUCGAUAUCCAUGGACUGAUGGACCAGAAUACAUAACACAAUGUCCAAUUCCACCGGGAGGUAAGUUUAAACAGAGAAUAAUACUCGGAGAUGAAGAAGGCACAAUCUGGUGGCAUGCUCAUAGCAAUUGGACCAGAGCAACCGUACAUGGCGCCUUUAUCAUUUAUCCUACACUCGGAACUAUUUAUCCCUUUCCAAAACCUCAUGCCCAACUCCCCAUUAUAUUAGGAGAAUGGUGGAAGGUGGAUAUACAGACACUUUAUUAUGCAACCGUUAGGACCGGAGGCGAUCCUAAUGUUUCUGAUUCCUUCUUAAUUAAUGGCCAGCCUGGUGACUUAUAUCCCUGCUCUAAACAAGAUACAUUCAAGUUGAAGGUUGUUCAAGGAAAGACUUAUCUCCUACGAAUAAUCAACGCGGUAAUGCAGAACCUGAUGUUCUUCGGAGUAGCAAACCACAAGUUAACAGUUGUCGGGUCAGAUGGUAGCUACACAAAGCCAUUCACAAGUAAUUACAUAGCUAUUUCCCCAGGCCAAACCAUAGAUGUUCUUCUUGAGGCUAAUCAAACUCCUAAACGUUACUACAUGGCUGCUAGGGUUUACGAGCGCACGUUAAGUGUAUCCAUUGAUAACACCACCACUACUGCUAUAAUCCAAUAUGAUUCUCUCGAUGACUCUACUCCUCCAUUAUUACCUAUCCUUCCUAACUCCAGUGACUUGAAUGCAUCAAUAAGAUUCACAAAUUCCCUAAGGAGUUUAGCUAGUAAAGAUCACCCUGUCAAAGUCCCCUUAAAAAUUACCAAAAGAUUAUUUUACACCUUAUCAAUUAACACUUUGGUAUGCCAGGAGGAGGACGGAAAUACAUGCCAAGGGCCUAAUAAUACACGACUUGCUGCCAGUGUAAACAACAUAUCCUUUGUAAAUCCUAACAUUAGUAUACUCGAGGCUUAUUACCAUAACAUGAUCAAUGGAAAUUUCAUGACUAACUUUCCGGAUAAGCCACCCAAAAUGUUCAAUUACACGGCACCUUUCUUGCCAAUCAAGUUAGAACUACCAAAAAGAGGGACAAAGGUGAAGGUGUUGGAUUAUAACGAGACAGUUGAGCUUACUUUUCAAGGAACUAGCGUGGUUGAUGGAGCUGAUCAUCCAAUGCACCUUCAUGGCUAUAGUUUCUACGUCGUUGGGUCCGGACUAGGAAACUUUGAUAAGGAUAAAGACCCUUUCAAUUAUAACCUUGUUGAUCCUCCUUUUCAGAACACCAUUGCAGUUCCUUAUAAAGGUUGGACAACUAUCAGAUUCCGGGCUAACAAUCCAGGGGUUUGGUUUAUGCAUUGUCACGUGGAUCGUCACCUUACAUGGGGCAUGGAAACGGUAUUCAUCGUCACUAAUGGUAAAACACCAGAAUCAAGAAUCUUGCCUCCUCCUCCGGACAUGCCUCCAUGUUGAUAUAUUCAAACUCAAGUGUAACAGCUUUCUAUAUCCGCUACGGAUCGAGUACAUGAAAUAAAUAAUGACUACUGUGAUCCCUAUUCAUUUGUACUACACAUUCAGGAUAAUAUGAGAUAUUAAAUUAUUUACCCUUUGUUUGGUAGAAAGGAAUCCCAAGGAAAAGAAAAAUAUUGGUUCAUGCGUUUGGUUUCAAAAAUUAAAUUGGAUUUGAUGAAAAAGAAAGGAAAAGUAAAUGGAAGGAAAACAUCAUUCAU